AUGCAGUUCACCGUCGCCGCUGUUGCCACCGCGCUCUUCUCCACCAUUGCCCUUGCUGCUCCCGCAGCCGAGCAUGGCUGGAAGCCCCAGACCGUCACCGUCCAGCUCGCCAACGAGCAGAGCGGUGCCUGGGCCAAUGUCGUCGUCCCCAUCGACGGAGUCUCCCGUCCCGUUCAGGAACUGUGGUCCAACACCGCCAUUGCCGCCGAGCACCACGGCCUCGUCUUCGCCUCCAGCGCGCAGCUGACGGCCUUCCAGCAGACCACCCACUGUACCAUCACCGAGGAGAGCCACAACGUCGACGCCAAGUUGGACGCAGAGCACACCUACCACGCUUUCGGUGGUGCGCCCGUUGAGCUUUGCGCUGCUCUCAUCACUUGCCACUGCGAGGGUGAGGGUGCUCCCGCCCACCCUUGA